AUGGACGCUGCUGCUGUUUGCAGCAAGGCUGCCGUCGCUGUGCACAACCAUGCGGACAAGGACACGUUUUUGCGAGAGGUUUACCCACUGGAUGAAAAGUAUUAUUUGCGGUCGUUAGGAGUAGACCCGCGUAAGGAUGCUGCAGAUAUUACCAAACAGUUCCCAACUCUGGCUGAUGACAUCAAUAUCCCUGCUUUCUUUGACAAGGAACAAAUUUUCUCCAGUGUUUUUCGAAUUAGCUCAGCAGGACUCCAGCUCUGGACACAUUAUGAUGUUAUGGAUAACCUCCUGAUCCAAGUAACCGGAAGUAAACAAGUGGUUCUCUUCAGCCCUCGAGAUGCACCAUAUUUAUACUUAACAGGUGAUAAAUCUGAGGUGUUGGACCUGGACACGCCUGAUUUAGAAAAAUAUCCACAAUUUGCUAAAGCCCAGCGUUAUGAAUGUCAAUUAGAGGCAGGCGAUGUGCUUUUCAUUCCAGCAUUGUGGUUUCAUAACACCGUGGCUAAAGUGUUUGGGGUGGGGGUGAAUGUUUUUUGGAAACACCUUCCAGCAGACUGCUACAAUAAAACAGACACGUAUGGGAACAAGGAUCCCAUAGCAGCCUCAAGAGCCAUGCAGAUAUUGGACCGAGCCCUAAAGACACUAGACGAACUACCUGACGAAUACAGAGACUUUUAUGCCCGUAGAAUGGUUCUACGGAUACAAAGCAAAUCAUACAGUAAACAUUAUAAAUAAUGUACGCAUUCCUUAACUACGUAGUAUUUUUUUUAAUGCACAGAUAUCAUAUUGUUGGCAGUGAAACAAUACAAUAAAACUUGUAUUUGAAUAAGGAAA